GGGGAGACCACGUGACUGCCCUGACGUCACUCUGCCAUUGCAUGGAUGUCUGCUUGUGGUGGCUGCGUGCAAUAAAUUGUUAAAAAAUUCCCUUUAACGCGUUUCAAACUGUGCCGGCGAAAAGAACUUUGGAGGACACGAGCUACCAACUUCGCCUCGACGGUAUAUCCUCCGCGUUUUCCCGCGCAUCAUGCGAUUGACGGAACUGACGGUCCGUACACUCCGGAUGGAGCAAUGGAUGGAGAUGCGGCAGAUGCAACCUGCAGGAGUACGGCAAUACCUGCAGCGAACGGACGGGAAGUUGGAUUCAGUGCGGAUGGACUGAGCUAGCCAACACGCUGCGGUUAAACCUGUAGCGAGCUGAAACAGUGCGAACAAGAAGAACGCAACAGCGUGCGGCCGUUCAAAGGAAGCGCUCACGCCCACCGCCAUCAAGCGCUGCGAAAAUGAAAGCUCGCAUCGUCAAACGAAAGCUUUCAGCCGAGGUUUCAGCUCGCCCCUUGCCGCUGCGCUUUUGAAAGUCUCGUCAUGAGCCCCGUGUGGCUACGUGCGUUGUCCGGUCGUUUAGGUCCGAGAGGACGUGCCUUCGCGGUGCGAGUGAUUUGGUUCGUGCUCGGCUUCGUUUUCGCACUGUGGUGCAGCUACGACAUCGCAGCGCGCUCCGCGACAGAAGCGGAAGGCCCCGCGAGGGACUGGUGGGGCAAAGAGGGCGACACGUUUCUGUUCGUGGCGAUACUGUCGUCGCACAAGACGGAACAUCUGCGCCACGCAGCGCGCCGGACGUGGCUGAAGCUGGCAGCCGCGUCCGAGCAGCGCAUCGUUUACAAGUUCUUCGUGGGUGCUCACGGUACGCCACUGCAGUGGGUGGAGAACCUCAAGCGAGAGUCGCUUAGCUUUGACGACGUCGUGAUCCUCGACGGUGCCGAGGACUCGUACGAGGACUUAACCAGCAAGCUGGUCCAUAGCCUCAAGUGGAUCGUGGGCCACUACUAUUUCGACUUCGUGCUGAAGCUGGACGACGACUCGUUCGCCAGAGUGGACGUCGUUGCCGACGAGCUGGCCAAGUGGAAAGGAGAAAGGCCGGACGGGGAGCUCUACUGGGGCUACUUUGCCGGAAACGCGCCGGUUUUCAAGUCCGGAAAGUGGGCGGAAAGAACGUGGUAUCUCAGAGACGGGUAUUACCUGCCUUACGCGCGCGGCGGAGGAUACGUGCUGCCCCAGAGCGCCGCGAGGUACAUUGCAAGCUUGGCUUUCACCGCAUUCGAUUACUACUUCAGUGAGGACGCGUCGGCGGGCGUGUGGACGGCACCGCUGAGGCUCCAUCGCAAACACGACCGGCGCUUUGACACGGAGUACCGCUCACGCGGUUGCUUCAACUCGUACCUGGUCACUCACAAGCAGACGGCGACCAUGAUGUAUGAGAAGUACCGAAACCUCGAGCAGACCGGUGUAAUGUGCCAGAGGGAAGUGCGGUCGAGGCUGUCAUACGAAUACAACUGGAGUGCACCACCUUCCAAGUGCUGCAUGCGCAACGUAACAGACGCGACUUUAAGUCGUCGCCCGAGGUUCCACUGGCACCACAACCUGCUGUGAUGCCCGUCGUGCAGAGGGUAUUCUUCACCCCUUUCUGCCUUGCGUUCCAGAAUUAUGGUCAUUUUUACUAUAUUUAUUCAUGGCAUCCAUGCAAACACAUUGAAAGUUCGUAUGAUAAAUGUUCAUCUUGCAAACUGAGGUCAGUUUGACCUUGUAAAUGUGUGCCACAAUGUGCAGGUGAAUCUGUCAACACCAAUAUAAAAGGUGCCAAGGUGCUGGUAACAGCAUCAGUGUAAGUGUUGGGCUAUUAGCUGUAGACGUGCGCUGUAAUAGUCUUGUGUUAUUGUAUCAAUAUCUUGUGAACAAUUGCGAUGAAGAUUUGAUGGUAUUAUACAAUGGAACGUAAAGCCUCAGUACAUGUCAUGCUGAACAUAAAUGUGUAAAAUUUUGCAGCAGUUGGCGUAAAUAGUCCACCAAACAGAACAAUCGGUUUACAAUUUUUCGCUGCUCUGGGAGCACGCAUGGUGACCACUGUAUUUUCCACAACUAAAUAUUCAGUGCUGCCAUAGUCAGUGUUCAAAGAAACGGUAUUUAAACCAACGUAAAGCAGCUGUCUGAUAUACAUCAGUGACAAGCCUUACGAUUGGAAUAUCUGCAUUUGUCGAGAUCACACCGUUUCAUACAUAACAGGCAGCACUAUGAAGGCUAAAGUGAUACUUCUCUCGUUUCACAUUCGUGACCUAAAAAUAUUGCGUCACAUAGGAAAGAUAUAGGUAGGUGUCGCGAAAUUUGAUGUUAAAAUUAUGACCCAUGCUUCUGUGUUGCAAAAUACGACGUAAUUAUUACAUUGAAGAUGUUGCAAAUCUGACGCUUUAUUUAUUGCCGAACGAGCGAGGCAACAUGUUUCCGCAACCAACGGCCUCAUCGCAUCAGUUGUGCUCGCGACCAAAGCAUAGUAGGUUGCAUAAUUGAAGCACGAAGCUGGAAAAAUAAUACACGAUUUGACGUAAUGUUAUGUCCGCAAGUUGCAGUUGCAAUAUAUGAAGUUAUUUGGCAUUAAGCACUGCAGGUUAAAGACAACUGCACUGUGAAAUGUGCGGAGAGACUUCUGUGACCACAGUACUUGUGUACCUUCCACAGUGUUUCCCCCCGUCAUGUGUAAAAUUAAGUAUAGUGAGAGUACUGUCGCACUCGAUAUGAGCUACAACACACAAGCUGUGGCCGUAGCUACGCUCUCGAGAAAAAAAAUGGAGAAGGUUUUGCCAUUCCAGAAAUGCACAAACCCUGUGCUUUAUGCUGUCCAAUUUCUCCACAGAACAUAAUACUGUGGCCCACAGAGCAGCCUGCAAGUCCUUAGCCUUUAGUGCAACGUGCUUUGUCAUGGUGCAUGCUGCCCUAGCUUCUUAACCAUUUUAUUUUUCUUGUUUAUUUCCCCGGGAUGAGGACGUAGCUACUCGAUGGGCAAGUGUAUUGUCGCCCCGCAAAGAAAGUCAACAGUACACUCAAAUAGCAGCGUCGUCUCCACAUUUUUCUAGCAAGCGUCGCUGCAGCUAUGGCUCGCAUGUUGCAACUCAUAUUGAGCACCAUAGUACAUACUUGCGACAACGAUGAAAUCCACGUGUAGAGCUAGAGUGCAUUUCCUUACGUCUUAACUAGUAGUCAUCGAAAGCCGAGACAUUGAAAUGCGGGCAAGAAAGAAUCUUACCUACUGAAACCAGUUUGCCAGAUGUUUAUUGCCCAUUAUGUGCGCUUCUGUCACUUCAUUUUUUUUUUCUUCCCCACUCCUCCAAGUGCUCUACUAGCCAUUUACUGUCUCUCCAUUUCCUGAGCAAGUUCAGAAGUGUGCCCCCAUUGUAAUAUAUUUGAUUUUGUAGCCAUGAGCAAACAAGUUGAAAUUGGAACAAGCUUCCAUAAAAGAAUCAGUGUACGCAGUAUCUUGCAAGCUUUUCUCGACGUACAGUCGUGGUACAACGCUAGUGCAAAAAUUUGAAUUUGUAAAUGAGGGACGUAAACAGCUGCUUCAAAUAUCAAUCUUGUAGCCAUAAGUGAAGUUGGUAAGAAAAAGAUUCGCUCAAUGGAUUCACUGUACACGGUACUGUGUGUUUUCUGAGAAACUCGUACGGGCCACGUUAGGCUGCCAUCCUUUAGGAGUGUGGUCACUUGGCUAGUGCAGUGUUGGCAAGUAGACUAAUCCAUGUGCAACAAAGAGCACAAGCACAGCAGCAGUGAAUCUCUCUGUCAUCCAUUUGCACUACACUUUCUAUCUGUUGACAGUUGCACAAGUGGUUGCAUUUCAUCUAGGCAAGUAAAAGCAUUGUAACCAAUUAAGACGUUUUAAUGGAAUGGUUUUAAUGAACAGCUAUUGGUUACAAGCAAGUGAAAAAAUUCUGGGGUCAUCAUAAAGGCCAUACAUACUGCGCAACUACAGUGAAUACCAGUCUGCUUUUCGAUACCAUGACCAGUCGCAGCAGUUCAUGCAGAAAUGUGCUGACCAUGCAUGCAAUGUAUUGAGCAUCCUCCGAGGCAAAAGAUGUGUUGUGGCCAUUGAUGGCUAGUGGAUCUAUGCUCUUAGUUGCAGAUGAAUGGGCUCAUCCACUUCUGCUACUUAACCAAUUGAAACAGCACUCGUCCGAGACUGUCUCCAUGGGGAUGGAAGACAGAAAUGAAUUUCAAGGUGCAUAGCUGGGCUUCCAACUAAUGCUUCACCGUUAAGUGCAGACACAAGCCCGAGCACAGACAAACUGUAGAAGCAAAAUUUUACUACCUGACAGAGUCAUCACAGCAGAUUAAUGCACUGGCAUUGUCUGAUUAUCCAGAACGUAAUGACUUUGCUUGCUCGUAAAAACUAAUUUUUGCAUCGGAGGUUUGCGGAUACCGUGGCUUGUGUUUGCUCUUUAAAUAGCAAAGCAUCAGUUACAGUGCAGGAUCACAUUCUCUAUAUUUUUUUGUUGUUGUCCUUAGUCAUUUUUGUGUUGAGCCUUUAAAAUGUGCCAACUAGCCCGACCUGCUAAUGGCUGGCAGACCCAGAAAUGUUCUUUGCUGCUCUUCUUGCAUGUGCUGUUGCAAGAUUCACUAUAUGGUGCUUAGCUUCUACUUAAGUGCAACGUUUAACAGUAUCUACAUAAAUGUUACACACAAGAAUGCUCUCACUAAAUCAGUGAAACAAUUUGAAUGAAAUGUGCAUUUCAGAAAAAAAAAAGCCAAAUAAGUGAUAAUCGAGAAAAACUUACGCCUUUCUUUAUAGUUACACAAAUUGAAUUGUAACCCCUUGAAGAGUUAAAACAUCAUGUUAGCAAUUCAGCUAUGAAAUAAAAAUGUCACAGCUGUGAAAACCUUUCUUUACGACUGUCUAAGCUGGAGAAAAAUGAUAUAAUUGUACACUACUCUGAAAUGUAUUUUGUGAGCAAGUCGUGAUCCCUAAGUCAUCACUUAACAUGUUUUCCACAUUCAGUGUCGUUAUGUGCAGUUUACAGAAUUGUGGUUUGUCCAUGUCACUGUUAGUUGCGAAUGUGAUUAAUAGGCAACUGGUGGCAGUAGGUUUCAGACCCAUCACUUGCUACAGUUGAGGUGCAGCACUGCUGACUUCAAGCAAGUUGUCGUACUCUCUGUAAGCAAGAAAAGCAAAACGAUAACAAGGUAAAAGUGGGAGCCAACGUUUCGACAAGUGGACUAGUCUUUUUCAAGGUGACAUAUGCUACAUAUAGUAUAUAUAGGUAGCGUUCUUCUAGAGGGGAGUGAGGCAGGUGGGUGAGGCAAGGAUCGCAGGUGUGUUAGCGGCGAGGGUGUGGAAUGAUGUAAAGUGGUGAGGGUUAGCGUUAGCGACGAGGGUGUAAAGGGGUGCUACGCACCCCUUUAUUAUUAUUCUACACCCUCGCCACUAACAUUUUCGGUCGUUGCCUCACCCACCCACCUUACCCCCUCUCCCCUUUAGAAGAACCCUACCUAUAUACACUGUGCCAAGGGAUAUGCAUAUGUCGCCUUGAAAAAGACUAGUCCACUUGUCGAAACGUUGGCUCCCGCUUUUACCUUGUUCUCAUUUUGCUCAUCGUCCUGAAUGUCCAUCUCCACCUUGCCCGUGUUUUCCCUGGAUCUCUGUAAGCAAAAUACGCAUGUACUUAAGGCAAGCUUUCUGUGCUUAUGAAAGUGUCUGUAUGCUUAUGAGAGCUAGUCAAAUAAAACCUUUGGGUGAACA